GUGUGUUUUUGUGUGUGCGUGCGUGUGUGUGUGUGUGUGUAUGUGGGAGAGCGAGAGACCGAGAGAGGAGCGUCAGUAAUCUAAAAAAAGGCCGGGCCCGAGCUUGAUUUUUGGAGUGAUUUGUGUUGAGAAAAAAGACAUAAAGAGCCGCCGCCGACAUGUCGAAGAGCACCGUGUCUGCCCGCUUCAGACGAGUGGAUGUGGACGAGUACGACGAGAACAAAUUCGUGGACGAAGAAGACGGAGGAGAGAACCAGCUCGGUCCCGAUGAAGCGGAGGUGGACUCCCUCAUCAGACAAGGAAACCUUAUUGAGGCUCUACAUGCAGUCCUGAAGAAUCCACCAAUCAACACAAAGAACCAGAAUGUGAAGGAUCGUGCAGAAGGACUGGUGCUGAAGGUGCUCAGUGCCUUCAAGAGCAGUGACAUUGAGAAAGGGGUGCAGUCGCUUGACAAGAAUGGUGUCGACCUGCUAAUGAAGUACAUCUACAAAGGGUUUGAGCGGCCAUCGGAAAACAGCAGCGCUGUUCUGCUGCAGUGGCACGAAAAGGCUCUGGCAGUCGGAGGGGUGGGCAGCAUUGUGAGGGUCCUCACAGCAAGAAAGACGGUCUAAUAGACUGACCAGACGAGCAGCUCACUCCACACCACUGACAGAAAGAGGGACGUUCACUGUACUGUGCUGUUCAUGUCAUGAAUGGCAGAGGGACUCCAAGGAAAAAAAAAAAAAGGAUUUUUAACUUUAUGAGAUUGUGGUGCUUUCACAACACAUCAAACAAUAGGAAAGAAAAGAGUGAAUUUCAUGCCUAUUUAAGUAUAAAGUAGAUUUUGUUGAUCCCGUGUAUGAUCACUGAGCACCUCGCAGGGUGCUACACGUAAAAUCACAUUCAGUGUUUCUGUGCUUCUGAAUUUCAUUCUCACGCUUAAUGUUUUCAGUCUCAAGGCCACAAAUCUUAAAAACUACACUAAACCAUCUUACUUUGACAUGUUUCUCUUAAAAAUACUGCUUUGUUCAAAAAUUUUUUUGUUAUUCUGUUUUCAGAAAUUACUAACAGAGCACGGUGAGGUGACACUUCAGGAAGCUGGAGCUGUGCAGAGUAUUCAGUCACUAAUAUAUCCUAAAACAAUAUUGCUGAAACAUAGACUGUUGACAUAGACACAACUUCCAGUUUCAUCUAACUCCAGUAUAGACACAGCUUCAGUUUAUUUUUUUUUCCAAAAAAAAAGUGUUUGUUUUUCCAUCACUCUGUUUUUCUCUCCACCAGAGUCUUCCUGUUGGAAUUAAAACCCUGUUCUUUGUCAGUAAAUCCACUUCCUGUACCACUUUAGCAUGGAUAAAGUGUUACAGUGAGUGAAAGUCUCUUUAAAAGCACAGUCCCAGAUAUGGAAUAGUGGAUUUACUGGUAGGAGGUCAGCGUUCACCCCGGGGGUGAGGGUUGCAGGAGGAGGAGGAGGAGGCAGUGGAGGAAGGCUGUGCCAUUUAUCCGUCUAUUCAUCCAGCCUUCCUGCUGCCCCAGUUAGGGAUUACAACCCACGGUGCAUCUCACCGCCACUUUUAUUAAUCCCACUUCGCUGUUCCUCACAUCAUGCCUCUGCAUCCUGCAGGGCUUCGUCCUCUCUGCUACUGAACAGAGUAUCAUCACCCCUCUGCUGAUACUCUUCGUAGGUGCUCCUAUGUAGCACCCUGAGAAUAUGUGGUCACACCGCGUGUCUACAUUUAGUGUUUAACAUCAAAAAAAUAUUGAAGAAUUGAACAUAAUCCCAUAGUUUUCUAUUAUAGCUAUCUUUUUGAUUUCAUUCUUGCCCAAAAUGAACAAGAAAGUAGAAGCAGCGGGUAGUCUUAACAUGGACAUGCUUCUUUGUAAAUUGGUGCAUAUUUUUAUGACAUCAAGAAGGAAGUUGAUUGAUGAAGAUUCGACACCAGUCAGUCAUGAUAUGGGUAUAUUGACGGAUCAGCUCCACAUACAACAAACAGCUUUCUGUUGGAACUAGUGUCGACUGCUGCAGCAGCUCCCCUGUUGUGGUGCUCCACAGCACAGCCUUCAUUCACUUCAUGCACAAAAGAAUUUGUUGCAAGUUCAUGGGUAUUUCUUCCAUUGACCUCUAUUGAUUGAUGCUAACAUCCCAGACGAGCUCUAGUUUUUUGGGGAGUCUCUGACUCUCAUCUGGCCAACGCAAUACAGUCCUUGUCAAACUCACUUAGUUUGGAUCAUUUUUCUGCUGCCGAGUGUAUCCCGCUCUCUAAGGUGUGCAGUGAAAUAAGAACAAAUAAUGACAUGUUAUGCGCUGAAGCAGUCGUAGUGUCAUGACUGACUGGGCUCUAGAUAACAGGCUUUGCAUGAUCACAUUUUUUGUCGUAUUUCUUCAAGUGUUUAAUCCCUUUUUUUUUCUACUUGUUGACUUUGUUUUGAGAAACACCCAUGUUUUUUUCUUUUUCUGUUUAAAUUUCUGCUUUUGUGUUUAUAAAACAUCCUUCACACAGUGUUACAGAGAGCAGAUUUUCCUUCAAUACCACAUGAACUGACUGAACGUGAAACGCCCAUAUGUUUUGUGUGAUAAAGGAGGAUGUCAGUUGUUGCGUCGGCCUUCUGGAGCAGAUCAUGCCUGUUGCCAAAUGGUUUAUUGUUCUUAUGUGGGAAUAAUAAUAUAGCUUAUAUUAAUGAUUCACUUAAAGUUGUGUAUUAGAGAAGACCAGUGGUUGAUU